UAGUCCGUCAGAGUGGAAAAAAGAAAACUAUGACCAAGUCAUACACGCCUUUAUCCAUGAUUGAUGAAACUGCAGGUGCCACCGAUAAAGAAAACUAUAAAACUUUAAAUGCAGAGGUGGUGAACACUGAACAAGAAAGAGAUGGCAAUAUGCAGCUCAAUAAUGAACAUGAAACACCUGUGACGAUAGAACCUAAAAAUAAUUAUGCUAAAGCCAAAAUCCAAAGAUUAAAUCAUUGGUCAGAAGUAUGCAAGAAACUGGUGUCUGCAGCAAAAGAAAAAGAAGCUGUAGUCAAUUUUAAAUGCCAGGAUUGUGGAACUGAAAAGGUUGAUCUUUUCCGAUGCCUAGACUGCAUAUCUUGGCCCAUUAUAUGUGAAGGUUGUCUGGAAAUUAGGCAUCAAUUUCCACAUUUACAUGUAUUUGAGAAAUGGAUGCAUGGGGCUUUUAUAGGCUAUGCACCUCCAACUAAGCCUUGGAAGGGAAGAAAACAUGAUAUGUGUACAACUGACUAUAUGAAAGAUAUAGUAGUUAUUGAUGAUAAAGGUAGACAACAUCUUAGAACAAUUCAAUUUUGUUCUUGUGAAGAGGAAGCAAUUACCUUGUUUUCAUACAAUCUGUGGCCUGCCUCACCAAAAACACCUCAUUUAGCCUUCCACAUUGAUUUACUUCGCUGGUUAAAUGGUUUAUUGCUUGAGUGCCAUGUAUCUGUGAAGGGGUUUUGUGAAGCUUUAAAGGCUAGGCAACCAAAGCUGUACAAGAUGUUGGUCACAAAAGAGGGAAAAGAAAUUUAUAAGAGUUUGAUGGCAGAAACUAUUCACCAAUUUCGUCAGUUUGUAUACCAAAUGGACUAUUUAACAAAUAAUUUUCCAGAUCUAGAUGAUGGUUGUACCUGUCCAGCUUGUUUUGAGACAGACACCAGUAUCUUUUGUUUUGAUGCAGACUUUCAAUUAGUACGGAAAUCUUCAUCUGGUAACCAAUGGCUUGAACCAAAACACAAAGAUAAUUUUUUUGUCCAACAGGAAUUGGUAGAUGAUUUCAUAAAAAAAUAUGACACUCCAAAAAUAGAAAAGGAAUGCAGCGAUUUCCAAGCAGGAAAUGACUUAAGAUCCAAAGCAAAAAACAAGAAAUUGUCGGAAACUGCAGUCUUUGGAGCUACCUGUAGGCACGAUUACCCUCAGAAGUUUUUUAGCUUAAAACAUGGUGAAAAACUGGGAUAUGCUGUUUUUUUGAUAGAACUACUUUUAAGUGCCAACAAAGACAAACACCUCCACAUCUCCUAUGAUAUUGCAUGUUUGUUAAAAAGACAUUUAGAGAAAGCAGGGCGAAACGACAUUUUACAAAAACUCACAUUUUCAAUACCAAUUUUCCACUGCUAUGGACACAGUAUUGCAUGUCAAAUUUUGUAUGGACCUAGGAGGACAAAAAAUCAUGGUCUCACUGACGGUGAAGGCAUUGAAAGAUUAUGGUCAUAUUUGGGUGGAUUUUCUUCAAUUACCAAAGAGAUGACGCCUGAAAACAGAACAGACCUUUUGACUGAUGGCCUUAUUUACUUUGGUCAGAAAAUCAGAGACAAACUAGAUUACACAUUGGUUAUGAAACUCCAAAGAGCAAAGAAAAUUGAAGAAAACAGUGAUGUGGCUUUGAAGGAGAUUUUAUCAACUGUUCAUGACAAAGUUAUUGGAAAUGAUAAGAUUAUCCAAUGGAUUGAAGAGGAAAAGUCUUCCGUGCUACACACUCAAAACAAUGAUGCAGCAAUUAAACUGAACAAAACAGAUGAAUAUGUUCUCAGUCUUCAAAGAUAUUACAGAAUUGGAAAUGAACAAUUAGAUGACAAGUUCAAGGAAGAAAAGGAAAGACUAGAGAAAACCUUAUCAGUAUUUGAAAAAAAGAACAAGACCUCUAGAUUACAUCAAACUGAUGAAAACUACAACAAGGAUCUAAAGAUUGUGAAAGAAAAACAAAAGAAAUUACAACUUGUAACCCUUAAAAAACAUGUUUCAGAGAGGCAUUAUUUACUACGCUUAUUGCGCAAAUAUUCAAAAGGACAGGCUGUUUUCAUCAAACUUUCAAAACAGUUAAAGUGUAUUUCAAAGAAAAUUCACAAAUCCAUUGCAGCUUACAACCUGAUUGGGGAUUCAUCUGAUGGUUUGCCAGAGGCGAUUAAUUUUGAUACUGUCAAGGAUGUGGAAAGUGACAUCUAUAACUGCAUGGUAGAUUUAGAGGUUGUAUCAGAGAUACCAAACACGAUUAAACAGGAAAUCAUUCAACUGAAAUGCCUGAUUGAUCGAGCCAUUGAAGAGCAAACAUUGCUCAAGCAAGAAAUGAGGUCUGUCACUAGUUGGUACAAACACCAGUACCAACUAGUGAAAGUAAAACUAGGGGAACAUCUUACUGCAGGAGAAACUGCAUUCUUAAUAAAAGAAGGAAUGUAUUAUGAGAUGGGUUUAAUAAGAUUAAACAGGCAGUUUUCAGAGUACAUUGGGGAAAUGCCUGUUGAAUCUCAGUUGACUGACCACAUAUUAAAUGAUAACUAUGACAGGAUGCAACAGAUGUUGAAAGAAAUGGCUGUAAAGGAGGAGAUUGCAGUUGAGGACAUUGAAAGUGAUGAUGAGGGAGAAAUUAGUGAUGAAGAAGACUUGGAGGACCUUUAAAAAAUUGUCUUUAAUUCUUUUAGUGUUCCUUUUGGGCAUAAUAAUUUAGAUUUUAUAAUAAAAUAACUGUGAUUUUCUUAGUUUCAAUGUAAUUAAACA